AUGCGAAAUCGCCGUUUCAAUGAAUUAUUCAUACGAAGAGCUAUUAUCUGUUCAUUAGCGAUAUUUCUGAUAUCAGCCAUACAGAUGGUUCGUUUGAGUUCAAAAGAACAACAACAAAAACAAUUCGUAUCACUUCAACAGCAACAAAUUAUAAAUUUUCAACGACGAAAAUUAUUGGGUAUUUUACCGGAAUGUAAAAUUAAUGAAACGAACCGAUCUGUAAUAAAUUCGAACGAUGCAGGCCAAUUUCCACCGGAUCAGUUUACUCUCGAGCAACGACGCCAUGGAGCAAUAAUCCUACACGUCAUUGGUUUGAUUUAUAUGUUCAUUGCGCUAGCAAUUGUUUGUGAUGAAUUCUUCGUGCCGUCAUUGGGUGUUAUCACUGAUAAAUUGGCAAUCAGUGAUGAUGUUGCAGGCGCAACAUUUAUGGCUGCUGGAGGUUCCGCACCGGAAUUUUUUACAUCCGUCAUUGGUGUUUUUAUCGCCGAGAAUAAUGUUGGCAUUGGUACCAUUGUUGGUAGCGCUACAUUCAAUAUACUCUGUGUCCUUUCAUGCUGCGCAAUAUUCUCUCGUAAUGUUUUACUCUUAACCUGGUGGCCUUUAUUCAG